CUUUUGUGCAGGGGUGCUUUUCGAUUUUUUAAAGUUAACUUACUUCUUUGGUGGUGGGAGAAACGUGAAUAUACCGUUGCAAAAGUUUUCUCAAAAUAUGCAGCAGCUCAUCCGAAUAAAGUCGCUUACAUUUUCGAGGACACAGAAUGGACGUAUGAACAGUUGGAGCACUACAGCAAUCGCGUGGGACGUUACUUUCGCACUAGGCCAUUUUCUCAUUUUGAUAGUAUAGCUGUCUUUAUGGAAAAUCGUCCUGAAUACAUCGCUACCUGGUUGGGUCUUAGCAAAGCUGGUUUCGUAGCGGCUUUAAUUAACACAAAUCUUCGACGUGAUGUACUUCUGCACAGCAUUAACGCUGCUGGUUGCAAAGCUGUCAUUUUCGGAUCGGAACUUAAGGAUGCGAUCCGUGACAUCAAGGAUAAAAUACCCGACAUUGAGCUUUAUCAAUGGUCCGAGUUGACGGACACGCCGAUUUUGGAAGGUGCAAUCAAUAUAAAUACGGAAAUCAGCAGUAUUGACCCUGGGUCUCUCUUCGUUCAACUUGACUAUGUUAAUUCCCGAGACAAAUUGAUUUAUAUCUAUACAUCUGGGACGACGGGAAUGCCAAAGGCUGCUGUUAUCAAUAAUUUAAGGUACAUGUUAAUGACAUGUGGCGUGAACUCGAUGCUUAAUCUACACUCGGAUGAUCGAAUUUACAAUCCUCUACCUCUUUAUCACACCGCGGGUGGUAUACUUGGAGCUGGCCAAGCACUCAUGGGAGGCGUCACUGUCGUACUUCGUAGAAAAUUUAGCGCGACCAAGUAUUGGUCGGAUUGCAUUCAUUACGAAUGUACUGUAGCGCAAUAUAUUGGAGAGAUCUGCCGUUUUCUGCUUACAGUCCCACCAAGCGAGUGCGAUACGACGCAUAAAGUACGACUAAUGUUUGGAAAUGGUCUGAGGCCGCAAAUUUGGGAAUCUUUUGUCAAGAGAUUUGGUGUGAAGCAAAUAGGCGAGUUUUAUGGAGCCACUGAAGGAAACUCAAAUCUCGUCAAUAUUGACAAUAAAAUCGGUGCUGUUGGUUUCAUACCAAGAUAUGCUAGUAAUUUGUAUCCAGUUGCAUUGUUAAAAAUUGAUGAAGAGACAGGAGAGUUAUUGAGGGGGUCAGAUGGAUUCUGCAUACCAUGUAAACCUGGUGAGCCUGGCGUUUUUGUAGGUAAAAUUAAUCCAAAGAAAGUGGUAAACGACUUCAGCGGAUACGCGGAUAAAAAGGCUUCAGAGCAAAAGAUUAUACAUGAUGUCUUCAAGAAGGGCGAUCGCGUUUUCAAUUCUGGUGAUAUUUUAGUUAUGGAUGAACUCGGAUACUUUUACUUCAAGGACAGAACUGGCGAUACAUUUAGGUGGCGAGGUGAAAAUGUUGCUACCUCGGAAGUAGAAGCCGUCAUAAGCAACGUGAUAGGCCUCAAGGAUGCAACUGUAUUUGGUGUCGAGGUGCCCGGAAACGAGGGUAAGGCAGGAAUGGUGGCUAUAUACGAUCCAGAAAAUUCCUUGGACUUGAAGGGAUUGGUCGGAAAAUUGAAGAAAGUUUUGCCGAACUACGCCAUACCUCGUUUUAUUCGUAUUCUGUCAGAAUUGCCUAUGACUGGAACGUUUAAAUUGCAAAAGAAGGAUCUCCAACAAGAUGCUUUUGACAUUAAAAAAGUUAAAGAUCCAAUUUAUUUCCUCAACAAUGAUACCUACGUGAGAAUGACUGAUGAACACUACAAUAAUAUCAUCAAAGAAAAAAUUCGAUUAUAAUUCUUUUUCGCGGCACACUUUUUCGCGGAAAAACAUCCUUUAAUUUUAAGAUAAAAUGGGAAAUUUGAACUUAGAAUAAAACGUUUUUUACGAUAUUAAGUUUCCAGUGUUAGUUAAACUAUAUUUAGUGAUUACUAUUUUGUGAACCAAUAAACUAUCAGGCAUGUCUUUUUUCGCAAACGUGUGUGUGCGGAAGCACAUGUUGUUUCAAAGAAGAAAUGACAUGAGGUAUUUUCCAUUAAGACAUUUAUAUCAUGACUGAUACUUUAUAAUUUUUGAGUUACUUUGUAUAUUAGAAUAAUGACAAUGUGACGAAUAUAUACUCCAGUGUGAAUUGCAAAAUAGCAUAAUAGAUAAUUCACUCAAUUAGUAAAAAGAUAAGAGAGAGAAAGAAAAAAUAUUUUUUUUACAGUUAUACUUUACAUAGUUAUACUUUUUCAUAGAUAGUACUCCUUACUUUAUGUUAUUUAAGUUUAGAAAGAAAUAAUUAAGACAAAAAAGAACAGUGUCCAAGAAAAAACAAGAAUAACAUCUUGUUCAUUAGAUUUUAUCGUUAAUUAAUUGAAGAUAAGCUUUAAAUU